GUCAUACGUAAACGAAUGAUUUGUCAAUACUGAUUGUAUUGUCACUCGCAGCUUCGGAAAAAUAGUUCCUUUGUGCGCGCAGCUAUGCAAGAAUGUUUAAUAAAUUCAACUGCCACCGACUGCCCUUUAUUCGAAGACAACCCAACGCGCGUUUCUCAUACGAAAAUAUGUAUAUCAUAAAUUAAAUAUGUAUGUCAAAUGGCUGAUUAUUGUCUUAUAAAAAUCACAAGAUCGAAUCUUCAAAGACAUUUUACAACACUUCUGGCAACACGUGCUUCAACGAAGAACUUCAUCGAACAAUUUUCCAUGGACUCUCCCACUAACAAUAACUGGACAAUGCACUAAUAAAACCGCUCAUUUGCUCGAUGGUGAUACGUUCAGUGUCAUCGCGCACUAGUCACUACGUAAAUAUCCUGCAAUUUGAACAGAGUCUAACUUUUCGGCGUCCUCAUCUCUGACUCACUUUGCCAUGGUCCACAAUGAUUCAAACACCCUGGAUCGAACGGUUUUCCGAAGGUAACGGGACGACGGGUGGGGAUACGUCAGAGGACAACGGGGUAGUAACCAUCAUCGGUUCGACUCGAGACAAACAAUAAAGCUUUUUCGUAGGUAAAUGAGAGGACCGAUGUCGGCGCGGGUCAACGAUAGCGGCGAUAGCCAAACUGUUCACCGAGCUGAAUGGUUAAACGCAGAAGAACCGUGGUAGCGGUAGCAUCGUCAAUAUCGUCUCGUCCGGUGAAUCGUCUCGUUCGGAUCGUCGCUGAUCCUCAUCUCUUUUGAUCGGUCGCGGCAAAGACAGCUGUCGUUGUUUUGAGUACACGUGGGAAUAGUGUUAUUAUCGUCAUCGGUGUCACAGUGAAUCUGUGGAUGCAGCGUGUCCCAUUUAUCCGUGACGGUUUCAGAAGAGAGAAAAUUGGAUCGAAGAUUUACUGAAAGUAAAGUGGUGCACAGUGAAUCGUUUCGGUGGACCCUCUUUCGUCUGUUGGCCGUGAUCCUUUUAAGAGAGUCCUCUGUAUCUAUUUCCCCAUCUUAGUUUAUAUCCACAGGUCUCGCAUGUCCUUCGUCUCUCUUCCGCGGCUCGUUCGUCUGACCGAUGACAAUCACGGAGUGUUACAACGUUUUUCGACCGAGUCAGGCUGCUACGUUUCAAUAGAACAGGAUUCAUGAUAUCAAUUGUUCGGCAACGACGGACUUGAAAACUGCGAGGAUCACGUUCUGUUCCCAAGGAAUGCUUUAACUAGGCGAACGUGUGCAUCUUAAUCUCGCCUCGUUCUGUCACCGAUUAGGAGAUUCUCUGAAACACUCAGGGUCAUGGCUGUGAAAGAAUGGUUCAGAAGGCUGCAGCCAGUCCAGUUGUACCUGCUCCUGUUCUUCACCACCGCUUUCUUCCUCGUCGAGAUCAUCGCUAGCCAUGUGACCCAUUCGUUAACGUUGCUCCUCAACGCCUAUCAUAUGCUGUGCAACAUCAUCGCACUUGCUGGUUGCAUUGCGUCUAUCAAGUAUAGUCAUCGUCAAAAUGGCAGCAGUAACUCCAGUUCCUUGCGAAAUUCCGUGAUCUGUAUAAACAAUGAGGACCGUGCGUCUCCAACGUCUCUCUCGACUAAGACCAAGCAAUCACGAUCGGACAGGAGGAUGAAGAACACCUUUGGAUGGGCGAGGAUCGAUGUACUUACUAUGCUUGUUUGCUGUGUUUUCCUUGCGUCUUUCUGCUUUUCCUUGUUGGUGGAAGCGCUGCAGACUCUGAUCCACAUAGAUCAUCUGGACGAAAUGCAUCAUCCUAUGCCUGUUUUGGCGAUAGGCCUCUCCGGCAUCCUUCUUAACGCGUUUUGUUACAUAUUGAUCGGAGGGUACACCUUUAAUCAAGGAAUCGUCCUGCAUGUUACAGUGAAUGGGGACGUAAUGUUCAGAAGAAAUGUCAGUUCCGAGCCAGCGAAGGAAGGAGAACAGCUAUCUUCCCAGACCAGGCGAAGUCCUUUGGGUAUACCAAAGAGUCAAGGUUUUCGAGAAACCUGUCGGGAUGUGCUCGGCUGUGUUUUUGUGAUGCUGGUGUCCGUCCUGGUAUACUUCACCGACUCCGACGUGGCCAAAUAUAUCGACCCACUGUUCGCCAUUAUAUCCUCCAUCUCCCUUUUUGUUUUGAGCUACCCGUACUUGAAAGAAUCGGGCCUGAUUCUGCUUCAAACGAUACCCAACCACAUCAACAUCGAUUCCUUGAAAAGGGAAUUACUGGAAGCCUUUCCAGGUAUAGUGAACGUUCACGAUUUGCAUGUGUGGCAGUUGACGGGGCAGAAGAUCAUCUCUACCGUUCAUAUUAUCUUCUUGGACCCUAUGGUAUAUGCCAGUAUUACCAAUCAAGUGACGGAAUUUUUCAUUGAGAUGGGUAUCACGCAAGUGACCAUUCAACCAGAAUUCCAUAAAAUCAGGCCUAACAGGGAAAAAACAGGUUGUCUAAUUCGCUGCCAUGGCGAGCAUUGCAGUUCCUCCCAAUGCUGCUCUAAGGAAAAGUUCAUGGAAGACUCGUGCUCGCACGUAUCGACGGAACAAGUGCAAUCGAUAAACAAAAAAUUGGAGAGGAAAGAAGUUGUUCCGACUCCGUUGGUGGUCGAUUUGGAAGGAUUUGUCGUCACUGGCGGCGAGGCAACUACUAAGGGGUAUAUGGUGGGCCGAAUCGCUAGUCGAUCGAACGAUGGACAGACAGAAAAUAACAAAGAUGACGCGGAAGACAAUCCUUACGCGAUAACGGUGGACGUUAGUAACCAAACGUGCAGCACCAGUCGCAGUGCCGAGCCAGAGUCUUAACUUUAAGACAAUAAUUAGAGGAACAAUUUUAUUUUUACAUCGCUAUAUAUUUUUAACAAAAGAUAAUCGAAUAUCGAACGGACCACAGAGUAAUAAGUUUGAACUGAUAUAAUCGUAACUUUUCAUCUAGUAACCUUUUAUUGUUUAUAUCAAGGCUCGGAAUUAAUUGCACAUGACAGAGCA